UUAUUAGUCCAACAUCCGCAUGGCGCCAUUUGAGGCUUUGUAUGGUCGAAGGUGUAGAUCACCUGUUUGUUGGACGAAAGUGGGCGAAAGGAGCAUUUUACGCCCAGAAUUGGUGCAACAAUCUUCUGAGAUUGUGCAGUUGAUCAAGGAACGCCUUCGUGCUGCACAAAGCAGGCAGAAAAGCUAUGCGGAUAGAAGGAGACGAGACCUCAAGUUUGAAGUUGGUGACCAUGUAUUUUUGAAGGUGUCACCCACUCGAGGUGUCCUCAGGUUUGGCAUCCGGGGAAAAUUGAGUCUGAGGUAUAUUGGACCAUAUCCUAUCUUGGAAAGGAUUGGCGAAGUAGCUUAUAGAUUGGAGUUGCCUGGAAAUCUAGUGGGUGUUCAUGAUGUGUUUCAUGUGUCCUUACUUCGGAAGUAUGUUUUCAACCCGAGUCACAUCAUUAAUCCCGAACCAAUUCAACUCCGAGAGGAUCUUACUUAUGAUGAGCACCCGAUCUGCAUUUUGGAUUUCAAGGAGAGGAUAAUACGGAGAAGGACCAUUCGUUUUGUUAAGGUCCUCUGGGACAACCAUUCGGUUGAAAAAGCUACUUAGGAGUUAGAAUCCAAGAUGAGGCAGGAACAUCCGCACCUCUUCCAAGAUUGAGGGAUGAGUUUAGGGGACUAAGCUCCUUUUUAGGAGGGGUGGAUGUAAUAUCCCAAAAUUUUCAAGAACAAUUAAGUGUAAGCUAGGGACCUGAUUGUGAGAAAGUAAUGUUUUAAACUUAAUCAUCAAUUUUCAAAAGUCAAGGGGCUAAAAAGAAAACCAAUUAGGAUAAGGAUCAAGCUUAGAUAUUUUUCUUUUCUUCCUCAUUGCACGCGGUCUGCUUUGUUUUUCUUCCCGAUUCUUCCUCUCCCGAAAGCCUCCCUCCCAGCCACCGAUUUCCCUCCUCUUGAGAAACGAUGAAGGCCUCUUGAAAUUUCCCUCCUUUCUUGCUCAAGAACCAAGUCUCAAGCCUAGAACUCUCUCCCUCAACCCAGAAAUUCCAGAUCUGCCCUGCGUCUUCCUCCCCUGCCGCCGGUUUCAACUGGUGUGGGUGUGAGAUUUCGGUUUUUUGCCAUUCCGUGACUCCCCUGCAAUUUUCUCGCCGACUCCUCCCAUAACCGCUAGCUCCAGCUUUGCUUGUUGAGGUUUUUGGUAGUGAGACCUGACGCAUGGGGAGCCAGGGGGAGUGACGAGCUAGAUGGCUAGGCACUUUUGGACUUAGAUUUUGUAGCUAAGCCGUUAGUCACCCAUUCUUGACUCAGAAGUUUUGUGUGCAAAACUUAGUUUUAGUCAUGAUUGUAUAUAUGAAGUUAUAAAUAUUGCACAUCUUGACUGGUAAGUAUUUGGUAAGUAAAAAGGUUUAGAUCUG